GAUGUGUCAAAGUAAAAAAAAAAACGAAGGAAAAAAAUUUAGAAGAUGGGUGACGGGGAAAAAUUUCAGUUGGGAACUAUUGGUGCGUUGAGUUUGUCUGUGGUGUCAUCGGUGUCGAUUGUGAUUUGUAACAAGGCGUUGAUGAGUGGGUUACAUUUCAUAUUUGCUACAACUUUGACCAGUUGGCAUCUCCUUGUUACAUUUUGUUCUCUUCAUGUGGCUUUAAAAAUGAGAUUUUUUGAGCACAAGCCUUUUGAGCAGAAAGCUGUGAUGGGAUUUGGAAUUCUAAAUGGAACUUCAAUUGGACUUUUAAAUUUAAGUCUCGGUUUCAAUUCGGUUGGCUUUUACCAGAUGACUAAGCUUGCAAUAAUUCCAUGUACUAUUCUACUAGAGAUCCUUUUCCUUGGCAAGAAAUUCAGUAGAAGAAUACAAUUUUCCCUUGCAGUCCUCCUUUUGGGUGUUGGAAUUGCAACAAUUACUGAUUUGCAACUUAAUGCAUUGGGAUCUUUCUUAUCUAUUCUAGCAAUAAUAACGACGUGUGUUGCUCAAAUUAUGACAAAUACCAUCCAAAAAAAGUUUAAAGUUUCUUCUACUCAACUUUUAUAUCAAUCAUGUCCAUAUCAAGCAGCAACUCUAUUGAUAACAGGACCAUAUUUAGAUAAAAUUCUCACUGACCUAAAUGUUUUUGCUUUCAAGUACACAACACAAAUAACGUCUGUCAUUGUUCUUUCAUGCCUUAUUUCUAUCUCAGUAAACUUUAGUACAUUUCUUGUAAUUGGAAAAACAUCUCCAGUCACCUACCAAGUUCUUGGACAUCUUAAGACAUGUCUUGUAUUGGCUUUUGGUUAUAUUAUUGUUCGUGAUCCUUUUAGUUGGAGGAACAUAUUAGGAAUUUUAGUAGCCAUGAUUGGGAUGCUUCUAUAUUCUCACUAUUGCGUAAUUGAGAAUCAACAAAAGGCAGCUGAAACUCCAAUACAAGUAUCACAGACAAGAGAAGGUGAAACUGAUCCUCUCAUUAACGUGGAGAGUGGAAAUACAAUGUUGAACAAAAGGCCCCCUAUUUGGAGCAAAGAAAAAGACUAA